AAACCAGAAGUUAAAUGAGUACAGGUAAGUCAUCCAGGAAGGAGAGGGCUGAUUUGGUUAAAGAAAAACCCACGGUCAACCCGCAAGACCUGUACUUUCUUUUUGGACGCACUAUGCGUAGGAGAACGUGUUCGGAAAGAUGUACGUGAGUUAUCUGUUGGACAAGGACACCGGCAUGUACUCAAAUUCCGUGAGACACCCCAGCCUUAAUUUAAACCAUCAGAACUUCGUACCAGCGCCUCCGCAGUAUACGGAUUUCACCGGAUACCACCACGUCCCCGGAAUUAACGCUGACCCUCACCACGGACAGACCGGUGGCGCGUGGAAUCCAGCUUACGUACCCCCGAGGGAUGAAUGGGCCGCGUAUGGACCGGGGCCGCUAUCGUCCAACACAAACCACGGACAGAUCGGUUUCAGCCCCCCAGAAUUUACUUCCGUCCCACCGUCGGCUCCGGGGCUGCUACCGUCACCGAUCAAUUCACCUGUCGGUCAACUCUCUCCAAAUUCUCAGCGGAGAAACCCGUACGAAUGGAUACGACGCAACGGCCCGCCAUCAAAUUCAGGAGGGAAGACUCGGACGAAGGACAAGUACAGGGUGGUGUACACGGACCACCAGCGCCUGGAGCUGGAGAAGGAGUUCCACUACAGUCGCUACAUCACCAUCCGGAGGAAGGCGGAGCUGGCCUCCUCUCUCAGCCUAUCGGAACGACAGGUGAAGAUCUGGUUCCAGAACAGACGAGCCAAGGAGAGGAAGGUGAACAAGAAGAAGAUGCACCACUCCCAGCAGGCCUCCACGACCACUCCCACCCCUCCCGGCGUGGGUGGUAACCCCGGCAACGUCGCCAUGGUGACCAGCAGCAGCGGCUUGAUGUCGCCGUCGCUAUCAAUGACGAUUAAAGAGGAGUACUGACACGUGUCCCGCUAAGGGUGGGGUCACACACUGAACUCAUGCCAACACACACUCCUCCCGCUGACCUCCUCAAGAUAUGCAAUGUGCAGUUCUGGAGAACUUUUGCAGUGAAAGAGAGAAACCUGCUUCGAUGGCUUCUUGCGCUUUUUCUAAAAAAAAAAAAAAAAAGGAAAGAAAAAACAAAAUGACAAUUGUUAAAAGAGAAAGAGAUAUACAUAUAUAUAUAAUUAUAAACCUCUAUCUGUCAUGGCCGCUGUUUUGCUGAUGACGUCACUGCUUAGCUCAGUCAACCCUCACACAACUGCCAUGCUGGCAAUAUUGAGUUAAUGUUUUUGAUUAGAUUUUUUUUUUUUUAAAGAUGGAGUUUUAUUUUACAUGUCUAAAAUUUUUUGUAUUAAAAGCUUGCAGUUGCUGUUGUUGUCUGAAUGAUGCUGUCUAUGGUGAUAGCAGAGGCCAAAGAGAGAAGUUCUCAUGAGGGUUCCAGAAAAUAUUCAGUUCUGCCUCAGCCUCUGUCCAUUUUAACCCUUUGAAGAGUAGGUUUUUUGGAAUGUUUUUCAAAAUUCGAAGUCAAUGUUCUAAAACUCCAUUGCUUUCAAUUACCAGUAGUGAUUGUUACAUCAGCAUUAGAAUAUUCAGUUAAGAAUGAGAGGUUAAUCAACUUCAUUCUCACAAGUCAACUGUACAUACUGUUAAUCGUCUGAAAUCUCAACAAGCAAUAAAGUUUUUUGGAGGUUUUAAA